CUCUGACAAUGGUUUGAUUUUGGUGUGUAAAAUGAAAUUAAAUUUACACAGUUCACAGGACCUUGUGUCGGAAGCAGCCAGCCACUGUCUCAGACAAUUCUGAUGAACAUAUUUCAAACUUCCAGCACAAUAACAUGGUGAUAGUAAUGGAUUUUCAGCGUCAGCCUCGCAAUGGCAUAUCCUGCAUAUAUCUCCCAUAGAAUUGGAAUAAUUCGAAUCGGUAUCACAUUUUGAUAAGUCUUGUUUCUUUACGGAGUCCGAAAAAGCUUCUCUGGAAACUACUCCACGGGUUUCUUUGACUUUUAUGAAUUGUCCAGGCAUAUUUAGAUAUUAAUUUAUACAAUCAACAUAAGUUAUGAGGAGAGAAAUUUCACUUUGUUUUGUUACUUUGUUAAAUCAGAUUUUGGCUACAUGGUUCUGUAUGAAUUUUGUGCGAUGAAUUAUAAAUAACUUGACUUGGACGUGCUCGAGGUUGUUUUAAAUCUUUGAACUUGAUAAAAACACUGACGGUAGUGAAGAGAAUGCAAGGAUUUUUGUAUUUUCCUCACCUCACUUGUGGCAAGGCUGGCACAACGUCAAAAAUAGUUAUUAUUGACUGUGCGUCAAAAUCAGCUGAUUGUCAAAAAGUUGAGAAAACCCAGACCAAUCGCAAUCCAUCCUUGAACUGACGGAACGUUCCUAUUGGCCAGCGCAACCAGUUAUUAGUAGAGUUGACAAACAGAUGGCGCAUGCCGCGCAUGCGACAUAACCUGGAAAAUCGAAAAUCUCUAUUGAUUUUUGACGAAUCACAAUCAAAAUAAUGUGAAGUUUUUUUUAUUUAAAAUAUAAACAUAAAUUCAAAAUUUGUGCUACUCGUCCCAGCCAGUGCGUAAGUUGUUAGUACAGUAAAUAAAUUAUAAAAUAUGACGGAAUUACGAAAACGUCGCGACAGCGAUGGGAAACUAUUGGAAUCGGCUGAAUCAGACCAUAUUGACAGUGAAGAUGACAAAGGCAAAACAGCCACAGACUUGUCCAAAACAAUACCCACAGGAACGGACAAAUCACCAGGAAUAUUGGACUGGCUCGUGAAAGGUUUGCCUGACAGGUGGCGCAACUGGGCAGUGAGAUUCAUUUUUACCAUGAUCAUGAUAAUAUUUUUCUUUUUGGUGAUUUAUGGAGGACCUUUAGCCCUUAUGGUUACAACUUUGGUCGUCCAAGUGAAAUGUUUCCAAGAAAUCAUCAAUAUUGGUUAUGCAGUGUACCGAAUACACGGUCUUCCAUGGUUCAGGUCGCUUUCCUGGUACUUCCUUUUGACUUCAAAUUAUUUCUUCUACGGUGAAAGUCUGGUGGAUUAUUUUGGCGUUGUUAUUAACAGAACGGAAAGUAUCCGUUUUCUUGUAUCCUACCACCGUUUCAUUUCCUUCAGUCUCUACUGUGUUGGCUUUGUCUGGUUUGUCUUGUCCUUAGUCAAAAAAUACUACAUGAAACAAUUCUCAUUAUUUGCCUGGACCCAUGUGGCAUUACUAAUUGUAGUCACUCAAUCAUAUUUGAUUCUCAAAAAUAUAUUUGAUGGCUUAAUAUGGUUCAUAGUACCAGUUUCUAUGAUCAUAUGCAAUGACAUUAUGGCGUACGUGUUUGGAUUUUUCUUUGGAAAAACUCCACUGAUCAAAUUAUCCCCAAAGAAAACUUGGGAAGGCUUUAUCGGCGGUGGGUUUUCAACAGUAAUUUUUGGAUUUGGGAUUUCCUAUGUAAUGUGUCAAUAUCCAUAUUUUGUAUGUCCUAUUGAAUACAGUGAAACUUUGGAGAAAAUGUCAAUGGAUUGCGAACCUAGUACUCUAUUCACUUUACAAGAGUAUCAUUUGCCAGUUUGGAUGAAGAUUUUUGGCUUUGGUGCGACGCUUCAUUUAUAUCCAUUUAUGUUUCACUCACUAUCCUUAUCGAUCUUUAGUAGUGUUAUUGGUCCUUUUGGAGGAUUCUUUGCUUCAGGGUUCAAGAGGGCAUUCAAAAUUAAGGACUUUGGUGAUGUAAUCCCAGGUCAUGGAGGUAUAAUGGAUCGAUUCGACUGUCAAUUCCUAAUGGCGACUUUUGUCAACGUUUACAUCAGUAGCUUUAUUCAAACGGAAAGUCCGCAAAAACUGUUGUCGCAGGUAUUGUAUUUGAAACCCGAGCAACAAUUGCAACUCUUUCAUAUGUUAAAGGAAUCACUCGAAAAUAGAAAUAUAUUAACCGCGAAUAUUUAAAUUAUUUUAGUCAGAUAAUAUACCUACCAUUUAUUUUUAUUGUGCCAUUUAUUAUCAUUUUGUUAUAAGUAUGUUUGUUGAACUUUUUUUUUGACAGUUUUAGUGCAAUUUUUAGUUCGUAUUGAAAUUGGACCUAUAUUUAAUUAGGCCACCAGUGAUAUAUGUAUUAAAUGUUUUACAUAUUUAUUUUUUAUCAGUCAGCUAGAAUCUGUUUUAUUUAUUUAUUUUUUUAUUUAUUAAAAUUUAUUUUUUGUUGGUUAGGGACCAAAUUAUGUUUGCUGGUGAAUUUGUACUUAUGUUAGCUUUAAUAUUAAAUUUUUAAACAUUCUUCCUACAAGUGUGCUAAAAUAUUAUAUUUUCUUUUUUUUUUGCACUGAGCAGUAAAUAAUGUGAAAUCAAAGUUUAGUUUUAUAAAUUCAGAUUAAAGUUUGAUUGGAUUUUAUGAAAUUUUGCUUUUUUCAUUUGAAGGAAAAUUUUUCUUUAAUAGAAAUCUCAUGUUUAUAGAAUAAUAAUAAUGUACUAAUCCAUUUACUGGGUGGAGUCUCCAAAAUGAUCUACCAAGGAGCCUUUUGCAAGUAAUUUCAACCCUCAUAGUUGUGGCAAUUCAAUGUUGGUCCUGUUUUUUUAGUAGAAGGUUUUGGAUUAAAAAACCCACCUGGCAUUAUUAAUGUUAUUAUAUUGUGAUUUUUACGUGUAGCAUUGCCAGAUUUAGCUAAAUAAUAAUAUGUGUUUUAGGUUGUAAAUUAUUAUGAUUUUUUGGUUGUUGUUACCUGGUGUUAGAAUUUUUUUAUUGAAUUAUGUUCUUUAUCUGAAACAAAUAGGUGUCAAUUCACUUUUAGAUUAAGAAUCCAAGUGGUAACUUUCCUUGCUGCUGUUUUAGUCCUAGUUUGGGCUAAAACUGGCACUUCCUACAUAAAUCCCAAAUUUUGCAUUUAUUUAUUACCUACUAAUAAGGUUAUAUUCUAGAGAAAAUAAUCUCCUAUAUGGGAAUUAACCCUAAUGUAUGUUGAUGUCUUUAACUAGAAAGUCUAUUAUAAAUGGAUUUAACAUUAA